GUUGGCUGGAGGCUGGAGCGAUGCUGGGUCCCCCUCCCAGCUCUCCCGCCUCCCACCCGAUAUAAAGCACAGCUCCUCGCCGCUUUUCCAGCCGACAGCACACGACCGCGGGCGCAGGUGGUGCUGCAGCCACCUGUUGCACACCCCUGCCAUCGCCGCAAGGACCGGAUGAGUUGCUGGAUGCCUGGGUGCCCAGCUCUCAGCAUGUGCCGGGGGUUAGCCUCGCUCCCCAUCACUUGCCUGGAAAGAGCCAAGGAUCUGAAGACCCGCUUAGGGAUCCUGCUCCAUAAACCAGAGCUGGGACACGGGAUCGGGACCUCCAGCAAGCUGCAGCUGGGCUCCAGGCGGAGAGACUCCUCACGAGAGGUACUGGAAUGGAGGGAGUCCUUCGACCAGCUCCUGAAGAGCAAAAGUGGGGUGAAUGCUUUCCACACCUUCCUGAAGACAGAGUUCAGCGAGGAGAACCUCGACUUCUGGCUGGCAUGUGAGGACUUCAAAAAGACCCGGUCAAAAACCAAGCUGGCCUCCAAAGCCAACAGGAUCUUCGAGGAGUUUGUCCAAAGUGAGGCACCCAGGGAGGUGAAUAUCGACCACGAAACCAGGGAGAUCACCCGCAAGAACCUCUCCGGUGCCACCUCCGCUUGCUUCAACGAAGCCCAGGCCAAGACCCGCACUUUGAUGGAGAAGGACUCCUACCCCCGGUUCCUGAAAUCCGCCUCCUACCAGGACAUGACCAAGCAGGCCACCAGCCGCGGCACCAGCAAGAGGUCGCAUACCUGACCCGAGCCCGAAGCCACCACGGGGGGACGAGCCGGGGGACCAGGCGGAGGCUGGGACAUGGUUAGCAGGGUCUGAGGUCUGCACGGAGGGGUUUCAGCUGAAAUCCUGGAAUUUCAGCAGGAUCCCCAGGACCUCGAGUGCUUCCCGCUGCCCACUGAGCCGCUGGGAAGAGCAGUCCUCCCUCCCUGGAGGAACGGAGCAGGUGGGAACCUGGUACCUCCCCUUGCAGCUCAACCGGAGACCUGCACCUCUGCAGAGACUGAAAGAAAUCAGAUUCGAGUUGCAAGUCCUGGAAAAAGAUCGGAUUCCCCUAAACAUCCAUAACCGGAGAGCUCCCACCUGCUCUCAGGACCCUGCCCCUGAGCUGCAGCAUCAGCCACUGGCUGGGAGGCCAGCACAGGAGCCUGCCAUUCCCUCAUGCAGAGCUUUUCCUAUGAGGGAACGGCCAGAAUAAAAGCCCAAAGACUACGUGGCAUUUGCAGCUGGAGGGAUCCUGCAUCUGCCUUCUCCUGAUCCUGAGAUCCUUCUGCUGUUUCCUAUGCAUGCUCUGCAUCAAAGCUUUACACCUCCUUCCAGUGCAGUGCAUCCCAAGCAGUGACGUUUUUAUCCCUCGCUUGAGCUCAACGACCUUUAGAUUGCACAGAAUCUUAGGUCACAUGCGUAACUUUUUAUUACUAUUAUUGUUAUUUAUUUUAUCAUUAUUGUUAUUGUUAUAUAUAUAUAUAUAUUUAUUAGGAGAGCACUGCUGAAAGCAUACACGCAGCCGAGGAGCUUGUGAAAAUUAAAUUAUUUUAGCUAUUGUAGCACUUAGCAUGUGUCCCACCUCUUCUGUAUAAUAAUUUAACGUGACCAGAGAGAUCUGUAAUGCGACCAUGGAGCAAGGUAUGCCCAUAGCAGCAGGGAGAGCUGCUAGAGGGGUCUCAGGAGGCAGGUUUUCCAUCAGCUCAGAGGACCACGGAUGGCAGAACAAAGAUGCUUUGCAGUGCAUGUUUUUCCUUUCUCCCUUUAAAGAUGUGGAUGGCAGCUUGUCCUAGAGAGAGAAUAGCGAUGUGGAAAAGGCACUUUGGUGAGUGAUCCCAUGGAAAAUGUAAUUUUCACACAUGGGAGAGAAAACCUGGGCUUUGUGCUGGUUUAUAAUUGGGCUUGGUAUUCCCUGGGCUGGUGAAACCAGCCUGCAGCCAUAGCACUUUACCAGAAACCCGUGGUGUGAGCAAGACAGCAACAUGUGCUGUGAAUUCAGUGUCUCGGAGGGGCAUCAGGAUAUAUCAUCAGCUCAGACCUGGGGGAGACCUCUUCUGAAAGUCCCUCUCAGCAGGAAUUUCUGGGUCCUGCAGCCACCUGGAAAGGUGUGGGUCCCAUCUGGCAGCAAUGGUGCCAGAAGCUGUGCCGGUGGGUGAUGGGGAUUCCACCAGUGUCCUGUGCUGGCUGAUGGGGAAUGCACCACCAGCACAGUUUCCUGCUGAGAGAGCCUGGGGCCACUUCAUGUGGCUCCAUUUAUCCCUAAAACCCAAACCCAGAUGUCCUCACCCACUGGUACUCACCCCUCGCCAAGGGAAGUGUCUUUUGCCCCCCCUGCCCCAGCACCAGCUUGAGCACAGGUUCACUCUGGCUUUUAGCAGCUGUUUGAGCAGAACAAGGGACUGAGGACCAAUUUGGGGAUGUUAUUCUAUGAGUUCUCUUCCACUGUCCCCAUCCUGGUCCUACCUCUGAGCCUCAGUAUGUCCCAACUCCAUUUACAGGGAGAUAUUAGCUGCUUUCUUAUCUAUUAUUUAUUCUUACAACUGGAAACACCUUUGCUGUGUUACUGAAGUGAACAAUGCACAAUGGUCUGUUUUCAUUACUGAUGUGAUGUUGUCAUUACAAAACAAAAUGUAAAGAGGAAAAUACUGUGAGAGCGUGGGCUGGGGCUUUUUUGCUUGUGGGCUUUCAAUUAAAUUUUACAUUUUAAUUUUGGAUGCUUUGCAAAGCCCACAAAUCUGCUUGUGUUGGGUGACUUAAGGGGCAUUUCCAGUCACUUUAAAAGUGGCAAUGUCAGGAGCAGAAAAGGAAGGGGGAAGAUUUGUGAAGUGUAAAGCUUUUUGGUAUUUGGCUUAUUGAAGAAAACCGAACAGUUCACAGCAAGAACGAAUGCAGGAGUUAAGUUUUGAAUACAGAUACUGCAGGGAGGGGAGCAUCCAAGUGUAGCUUGAAGAUGUUAAUGCUCUAAAUAAAAACCCAACCAAAGCAUGGUUUUUAA